AUGACUCCAAAGAACCAGGCAGCCUGGAUUCCCGCCAAAAAGGCACGGCCGUUCCAGGUCGGCGACGCGCCCUCACGCCUCCCGGCCCGGGCCAGGUGCUACAUCAAGUACCCCUUCGUCUUUGGCACCGAUGUCGCCGGCGAGGUGGUCGAGGUCGGCCCCGAGUUGGAUCGGUUCCGGGUAGGCGACCGAGUCUUCGGAAGCGCCACUGCCAUAGCCAAGGAGGUCAACCGCCCCGCCGAGGGAGGCUUUCAGCUCUACACUGUGAUGCGACCGCACAUGCUGGCGCCAACACCAGCCGACAUCACCGACGAACAGGCCUGCGUCUUGGGACUGGGUCUCGGGACGGCAGCAUGGGGUCUCUUCCACCCGGACUAUCUCGGCCUCGACAUGCCUCGGGUCCCGGCGCCCACGGACGUGGUGGGCAAGUCGGGCCGGCCGCGCACCGUCAUCAUCACCGGCGGCGCAUCGAGUGUGGGCAGCAACGCCGUGCAGCUGGCUGUGUCCGCUGGCUACCAAGUCAUAUCUACCGCGUCUCCAAGGAACUUCGACUACGUCAAGGGUCUGGGUGCCACCCAUGUCUUCGACUACAGGAGCAGAACGUUGGUCAAUGACCUCCUGACCGUUCUACAGGGCCACGAGCUGGUCGGCGCCCUCACGAUUGGCCAUGGGGCCGUCGAGGCAUGCACUGCCGUGAUGAGGCAUCAUGAUGUCCCCCUCACGCGGAAGCGCAUCGCGGUGGCUGGCGCCAUAAUACCUGCUGACAAGCUCACAACUUUUGUUGGCAAGGGCACGUACUUGAUGGGCAUGGUGGGCGGGAUGAUCAACUCGACUGCGAGGCGCCUUCGGACCGGAGUAGAAGCCAAAUUUAUCCUCCUUAAUGGCCUGGUCGAUCCAAAUAGCGUCGUGGCUCGCAUCUACACGGAGUUCCUACCACAGGCGCUUGCGCAGCGCCAGUUUGUGGCGGCACCUCCCCCGCAUGUCGUGGGCAAGGGGCUGGACAAGAUUCAAGAGGCUCUGGAUCUCCAGAGAAUGGGUGUCUCCGGGAAGAAGAUUGUCGUGUCGCUGUAG